UCUCUCUUCCCAUUCCAUCUCUCUCUCUCUCUCAUUUCCUUGCAUGGGUUCUUCCACAGGUAGUUUAGACACCUCUGCAAAUUCCUACCGGGCCUUCUCCUUCGCCAACCAAUUCAUGAACACAUCAUCCUAUUCAGACCUCCUCAACGCCGAUGAUGACACCAUCAUCGAAAACCAACGGCCCAGAAACCCCCUCAGCCGUGGCUUCUCAGAGAGAGUAUCCGAUCGUCUCAUCGGUGGUGGAAUACCAAAAUUCAAAUCCAUACAACCUCCCUCAAUACCAAUCUCUCCUCCAGCUGUCUCUCCUUCUUCCUACUUCUCCAUCCCUCCUGGCCUUAGCCCUGCUGAGCUUCUAGACUCUCCUGUCCUUCUCUCUUCCUCUAAUAUGAUGUUAUCUCCAACCACAGGGACAUUUCCAACACACUCAUUCAAUUGGAGGGGUAGUUCUGGUAAUUAUCAGCAAGGAAUCAAGGAAGAACAAAGGAGCUAUUCUGAUUUCUCUUUUCAACCUCACACAAGGCCUGCUACAGCCCCACAAUCAAUCUUUCAAUCUUCAUCCUCUAUGAUUUCCACGCCAUCUGAAUUCUCUGCAUUGAAAACCAACAUAAAAUCUGAAUACAACACUGCGGUCCAACGCGAUCGAUCUGAGAUUCCCGCCAACGUGCAAUCUAACAUCCAAAGCAAUAGUGGAUUCCAAUCUGAUUUCAGUCAGGGACAACAAGCUCCUCAGCCCUUCAGAGAGCAGAGAAGAUCAGAUGAUGGAUACAACUGGAGGAAAUAUGGGCAGAAACAAGUGAAGGGGAGUGAAAAUCCCCGUAGUUAUUACAAGUGCACGUUUCCAAAUUGCCCUACAAAGAAGAAGGUAGAGAGGUCUUUGGAUGGUCAGAUUACUGAGAUUGUGUAUAAGGGGACCCACAACCAUCCCAAGCCUCAGUCUACUAGAAGAACAUCAGGUUCUUCUUCUCAAGCAAUUCAACCUUCUGGGUCUGCUGAAAUAUCAGACCAUUCGUAUGUGGGCCGCUCAGGCGCACCAAUGGAAACAGUGACAACACCUGAGAAUUCAUCAGUCUCGAUGGGCGACGAUGAAUUCGAUCGUAGCUCACAGAGGAGCAAAUCUGGUGGAGACGAGAUCGAUGACGACGAACCAGACACCAAGCGAUGGAAGAAGGAAGGUGAGAAUGAGGGCAUAUCAGCAUCUGGGAGUAGGACAGUGAGGGAGCCUAGAGUGGUUGUCCAAACAACCAGUGACAUUGAUAUCCUUGAUGAUGGAUAUAGAUGGAGAAAAUAUGGACAGAAAGUAGUAAAGGGAAAUCCCAAUCCAAGGAGCUACUACAAAUGCACUAAUGUAGGGUGUCCAGUGAGGAAGCAUGUGGAGAGAGCUUCACACGAUUUGCGGGCCGUGAUCACGACAUAUGAAGGCAAGCACAACCACGACGUGCCUGCGGCCCGUGGCAGCGGUAGCCACGCGAUCGCCAGGCCAUCGUCAGACAACAAUGUACCAAUGCCGAUACGUCCCUCGGCCACAACUAAUCACAUGGCUGGUAACAACUCUCAUUCCGGGGCAAGGCCACCAGCAUCAUCUGAGGCCCACACACCCUUCACGCUAGAAAUGUUGCCGAGCCCUGGGAGUUAUGGUUUCUCAGGUUUUGGUAUCUCAGGGGGGCAUUACAUGAGCCAAUCUCAGCCGUCGGAUGCCGCCGCAUUCUCAAAGACCAAGGAAGAACCGAGAGAUGAUUUGUUCCUUGAGUCAUUGCUAUGUUGAAAAUUCUCUCGAUUGGAUCAGAUACAAAAAAAAAAAAACAUACAAUAAUAAUUAGGAUCAAUUUGUUGUAUUACUUACAUUGGUUUGGUGUAUAUUUAGUAGGAUUUUGGGUGUAAAUUGAGAGUGAUAUAGAAGAGUUAAUCUCAUUCGUUCAUUGGUUUGAAGCCCACUUUUGCUGGAAACUGGGCCUUUUUUUCCACUCUUGUAUCACAAGCUUUGAAGAAAGAAAGAACACGUUUUGAUUGUAAAAUUGAAUUUUUGAAUUUAUGAUAAUAGAAAUAAUAUUGAAUCAUAUGAUA